CGAUGGUGCACACGUUGGGACUCGCCCUUGCCCUCGGCCUCUGUGCCCCGGGGCGCGCUGCCCUCCUGCGAUCCAGCGAGGCCAGCGAGUCGGAGCGAGCCGUGACGGCGGCCACCCUGCGCGCGAGGGUGGGCUACAUGGUGCAGGGCAUGCUGGCGAGAAAGGACACCACCACCCGGCACAUUGCGAAGACGUUGCACAAGAAGAUGAAGCUCAGGGAUGCGCUGCCACUGCUGGAAGGCAAACUGCCCAAGGAUGUGACGUCCUUGCUACACAUGGCAAGCGAUGAGCACGCGAAGGCGGGCGGCCAGUUCAGCGAGGUGUCAUUAGCGAAAGCCCGCGCCUAUUUGAACAACAUGAUGUACGACGCGUGGCUUCAGCUGGACCAGAUCGAGGUCGACUGCAAGGAGUUCGAGGAGAGCAACCGAAUGGUGUUCAGCCAGGUGGUGACAGACUUGGAACACUUUGGCUCAGACCUCGCCGACAAACAGCGCAUGAAGGCCGAGGCCGAAGGUGGCACCGCGGACAUGCAGACUCGGAUCAACGGCUUGGAGGGCUCCCUGGAUACGUUGAAGCGGAGCUUCCAGUCGACGCGCGAGAAGAACGCAUAUGAGCUAGCGCUGCGCCAGGACGACCAGGAUGUCUUCACCGCCCUCAUGCAGCUGUCGAAGUGCCCCAACGCCUAUGGAGAUGACACGUACUCCUUUGCACAGUCUCCGAUCUGCCUCACGGACAACGGCACCCAGGUGGAGGUGAGCAACGCCUCCUUGGCGGCGAAGCUGAAUCGAUCGCCACGGGUGCAGAAGGUGCUCCGGGAAGUCCUGGAGACCGCUGACUCUCAGGCGCCCUCGCUGCUGCAGAUCGAUCAGGCGCCCCCGCCGCAUAAGGUCAAGCAACCAACGGGCGGCUCGAGGAAGUGCCUCAACGGCAUCGUCAAUUGCGGCUACCUUCACGACCUCAUGGCGGUGGAGUGGGGCAAGUUCAAGGACCUGGUAGACGAGCUGACGUACAUCAUGGAGCAGAACCGCGACGCCUACGAGGGCGAGAAGGAAAACAUGAACGAGCAGAUUGCUACGCUGAGGGGGAACAAGAUGAAGUUCACGGAGAUGCUGGGCGAGGCCAUCUCCGACAUCAAUUCGAUCACGUCAGCAACGCGCGAAAAGCAGCAGCAGCACCGGGACAUCGAGCGUGCCUUCGAGAUCAAGAUGGCGGAUUGCAAGACACACAUGAGCGAGAUCCUCUACACGAACAUCUGUGGAACUCGGACCGUGCGCAACGCACUGAUGCGGUACAGCACGGUCUCGCCCACGCCGUCGAUCAGGGACUGCGACGUGACGGACUGGUCG